CCCACUGAAAAUUCCAUAAUGGUCCUUUCUCCUGUCAGUUGUCUUCAUUCAAAAGUGCAGCGUUGCCAAGUUGUCAUGGAUCAAAAAAUUAAAAUUUAAACAAUCGAUAUUUUUAUUAAUAUUUAUGUUAUAUGUGCUAAUUGUUAAAUAAUUAAAUUAUUUUUUAAUAUACCAAUAAUAGUUAUAUGCUAUUCACCAAUUUCCAGUGAUUUUGUGGUGUUUUUUUGUGUUUUGUGUACUCAUCAAGCAUCAAGCUGCUGCCAAUAACCUCACUUUUUUAAAUGUUUAUUUAUGUAUUUGUUAUUUAUUAAUUUGUACAGUUAUUAGUAACAAAAAGCCAAUAAAUAAGUAAUUAAUAAUUAAGCCAACUAUUGGAAAUAUCCUAGAAAUAUGUCGGACGAAGAAUUGAUUGUGGAAACGAUCAACAAUGUCCUCUCCAGUCAAGAUGCUACGCAUAAGGUGCAGCAAUUGGCCAUAAUCAAAGAGUUGCUGUUGUACAAAAACCCCCACUUGUUAAGCAAGUAUCUGUCCCAUGUGCUCGAAUUCGUGUCCGAUAAGCAUCAGGAAGUAAAAAGGAAUCUGGUUGGUUUUAUGGAGGAAUUAUGCCAAGUCCGCGAAUCAUUAAUCCCGAAAAUAAUGGUCUCUUUGCACAUGCUUCUAUGCGACGAAUCAAUCCCAGUUCAAAAACGUGUCAUCCAAGCCGCAAUCAAAAUCUACCGGCGCACUUUAGCUUGGAUAUGCAAAGUCCCAACCAUCACCAGCGAAAUGCAAGAGGGCUGGAAACAGUUGCACACAAUCAAGCUGGAAAUAGCCAACAUGAUCGAUAGCGACAAUGACGGAAUUCGUACUAGUAGCGUCAAGUUUCUGGAAUGCGUCGUGCUGUUGCAAAGCUAUCCAGAUGAAACCGAGAACAAAAAACAAAACGAUUUUUCUUUGGAUAAUGUACCUUUGACGUUGAAGAUUGCUAGAAGAAGAAAGUUGGAAGAUGAAGCAAGCAAUCUCUUUGAACUUCUAGUAAAAUUCCACGGCUCUCCGCAUAUUAGUAGUGCCAACUUAUUUGCUUGCAUAGGUGUUUUGACCAACAUAGCCAAAAACCGUGCCGAAUUUAUGGUUAAAGUUGUUGACGCUCUGGAACAGCUCUACAACAACUUACCGCCAACUUUAACCACCACCCAAGUGAGUUCUGUGAAAAAGAAGCUCAAAACCGAACUGUCAGGCUUGGUAAAGCAUCCAGCUGCUUAUGAGCAUUUGGGAAAGUUGACGCCGUUGCUUUUAGAGUUGGGUUGUACCCAAAACGAAAUAAACAAACUGGUUCCAAGAUCCGACGAACGUCGCAAAUACCAAAAACGCACCUUGGCCGAGUCCAGUGAAAGAGCCUCAAAACGUGCCCGCGUUGAACGCACCCACGAAGAAGAAGUUCCAGUUAUUCAGCUCCAACCUGAAGAAAUCGAAGAAGAAGAAGAGCUAUCUCUUGCCAAGACCCCGCAAGAGGCCAACGAAAAAUUCAUAAACACCAAUUUAACGGUUGAAAAAGCCAUCUACUUGAUUUUUACCAAUAUACCUAAACUGCCGAUAAAUAUGCCUGCGAGUUUUAAUAAGGAGUAUGCCAAGUAUGUCAGCAGCGGAAGAAUCGGGAAGCAGUAUUUGGCUGAAGUGUUGGCAGCUCAAUUUGUUGAUGCCAAAGUUGGACCUGGAGUUAAUGUUAAAGUUGAGGAAAAAUUGGAACAAACUAACAAGAGAAAGAGGGACAAUGAAGACGGGAAAAAGGAGGAUGACAUGCCUUCCAAAAAAGACAAACAAAAACUGACCAAAACAAAGGCCCUAAAACUAGCAGAAGUUACCAAACCACUGUCGAAAGAUGUUAAAGAAAAAUUACUUGUAUCUGCAGUGAGAAGGCUUUUGCUGUGCGACAAAAGCAAAAGCAAAGCAUUGCAACAAAAAAUCAUUACAACGCUAGCGUCCAAUUUUAAUGCGGCAGUACGUGAAACUGUUUUGACUUUUUUGCUGGGAGAUUUGAGAAACAAUGUAGACACAGCUUUAGCUUGGCUGUUUGAAGAGUACAGCAUUAUUCAGGGUUUUGCAAGAAUUCCACCACUGCGCAAAGGUGUCCGGCCUGAACAGUGCUACAAUGUUUUAUUGGAAAACUUUAUCGAAUCUUCAGCCAAUGAUGCCAUAGUUUUAUCCCGACUACUAUUGGAAGCUCCUUUAAUUACUGAUGAGGCUUUGGCUAUUUUCAAGAAAAUUUGCAGGGACGACAAACGUUCAGGCUGGGCUCUUGGACUACUCAGAGACCUAACUUUGAGAAAACCUCCAAAACAAUUAACCUUUCUUAAUAUACUUUUAACCUAUACAACUUAUGACUCUAAAAUAGUUAGAGAUGCUGCUAUCGGGCACGUUUUGGAUUUGCAUAAGCAUUUCGAGCUUAGCCUUAUUAUUGAGGAAUUUGCCAAAAUGAAUUUGGAGUUUUUGAAGCUUUCUAAACCCCCAGACAGUUUAUGCGGUGAAAAUCAAGGCCGCAUCAAAAGUGAUUAUUGGGGGGACGAUUUCAUUAAAGCCUGCCUGUUGCCCUACAUUUCGUUGUUGCCUGGGAAUCCUGCAUUGAUUCACGAUUUAGCCAAGGUUUACAUCCAAACUAGUGCAGACAUAAAACGCAUAAUCCUAAGAUUAAUCGAACACCCAAUAAGAUCAAUGGGCAUGGACUGUCCUGAAUUAAUCAAACUCGUAGAAGAAUGCAGCAAAGGCUCAGAGCCUCUGGUGACUAGAGUCAUAACGAUUUUAACGGACAAAGGCACCCCCAGUUUGGAGUUAGUCGAAAAAGUUCGUACUCUUUAUAACGCUAACGUUACCGAUGUCAGGUUCCUUAUUCCUGUGCUGAAUGGAUUAUCCAAACAAGAGAUUAUAGCUGUUCUUCCCAAACUUAUUAAACUAAGCCCAGUGGUAGUAAGGGAAGUUUUCAACAGGCUUUUAGGCAUUCAUGGAGAAACUCCUAUUUCGCCUACAGAAUUACUAGUGGCCCUACAUUUAGUUGAUCCGAAAGAAGCUGAUUUGAAAACAAUAAUUAAAACAGUUAAUUUGUGUAUGCAGGAGAAACAGAUUUUUACUCAAGAAGUUUUGGCUGUAGUUCUGCAACAGCUCAUGGAUCAAACUCCAGUUCCCACGCUUCUAAUGCGGACCGUACUUUACGCUUUAGCCAGUUAUCCAAGAUUGUCUGGGUUUGUUAUGAAUAUUUUGCAAAGGCUGAUACUCAAACAGGUUUGGAAACAAAAAGUAAUCUGGGAAGGUUUCAUUAAAUGCUGUCAAAGAACGAAACCUCAAAGUUUCGCCGUGCUUAUGCAACUGCCUCCGCCUCAACUUGUGGAAGUUUUGACGUCAUGUCCUGAUUUAAAAGUGCCCCUGCAAGAGCAUCUAAAUACGUUUACUGAAGCCCAAAGGAGUCACGUGCCUUCCGGCGUACAGGAAAUCGUUUUGGGCACUUUUGCUUUGCCUCCCGCUAUGGUGCCUGCUCCUGUUAUUGCUGACGCAAAUGUUCAGGCACUACCACCUCCAGCAGUAAUUCAUCCCGGCAACGAACCACUACCACCAGGAAUGGACUGAAAAACACCAAAAAUCAUUUCACGUUAAUAAAAAUUACCUUUUAAUAAAUACAAAAAAUACAAAAGUUUAGUUUAUUUAAAUAGAAUAUCGACUUUUGUCGUGGCAACAGCUACUGAUUCCAUUGAAAAACUCCUGUUGGUCGACACUCUGCUGUGAAUCGAAGAAGUUGACGAAAAAGAUUCCGAACUCAAGCUGGCGAACGACUGCAAGUCGAUAUUUUGUUCUGUUGUGUAUUUGUUGAGAUUUGGAGCAAUGUCAGGGUACUCCGAGCUCAAACUGUAGAGCUUUUUUAUUACUGUGUUAUUGGCGUCGCGGAGUUGACGGACUUCAGAAUCUUGCUAAAAUUUAUUUAUAGAGCAAAUAGUUACAUAGAAAUUUAAUUAAUAUUUGCCUCAUAAAUUGAAAAAUCCGUUCUGUUUCUGAGCUUUUUUAGUGCUUGUCUUAUCAAGUGGUGCGUCCUUUUCACUUUUUCCUCUUUAUUUUUCCGUUGCUUUUCGAUUAAACAGUUUUCUUCUUCUAAUUGCCUGGUCAGCUCUUUUCUUUCUUGUUUCUCAACCAUUAGGGUUUCGUUUAGAGUUUUUGAUAAAUCAUCGUGGAUUUUCUCUUGUUCCAUCAGGUCGUUCCGAGCUUUUCUAGCUUUGAGAAUCCAGUCUUUGAGUUCACGUUCCAAGGUUUUCACUUCUUGGACUUCCAAAU